CUUGAGUUAAGCUAGCUUUGGUUGGACUUGGACAUUUUAAUAAUAAUAUAAGAAACUAACUAUUACAAAUAAAAGAGUCUCUAUAAUCUUAGAAGGUAAAUUCGUUACGAUUCUCACCAUAUAUCAGAUAGCUAGUUAGUAUAAAUAAACACUAAAGUAAAAAAUACACCUCAAGUUUGACAUCACAUCCCAUUCAUCCUCUCUCAAGACAAGUUUUCAACACAGCAUUAUAUUUAAAUGCUGUCGGACUACUAACAUUAUAAUGAAAUAUUUUCUAUACUAGUGUUGUAUAUAUAUAUAAUUUCUUUUUGAAGCAAGAAACAUAUGGACAUUAUCAAGAACAAAUGUCCCAAUGUACAGAAAAAAACAACCAAUUCAAAAUUAGGAAGAUUUAGCAAUGGUUGUAGUUACCAAGAGGCAUUGGGAGCCAUGCAUGUAAAUGUAGUUGGAAUUUAAAUUUGAAAUUCUAUUCUUGUAGUUUAUAGCCACACACUUGCGUAUUCCCAAUAAAACAUGGAGGAAUUGGUCUUUCCCAAUCAAACAAAAGGCACUAUUAUUUCUCCUACAAAAUGCCCUUAAUUAUAUAUAACAGUCUCCUUCCCCUUCAUAUAUAGAUCCAUCUUUCUGAUCUCCCCCAUAUCAAACCAACUUAAUUUUGAUCACUUUGAUCUCCAACUUAUGGAUGUCGUCGUUGAAGCUCUUGAUUCGUGCAAGCCGUUCAACAACGACAUAGCUUCGUUGCCUCAAAAUGGUUCUCUCACCCCGCCCUCCGUCACCGUUUCCUCAGACGCUACGCUUGGUCGCCACCUUGCUCGACGCCUUGUCCAAAUAGGGGUCAGUGAUGUAUUCUCUGUCCCUGGUGACUUCAACCUAACCCUACUCGACCAUCUCAUUGCCGAGCCUGGGCUCACCAACAUUGGUUGCUGCAAUGAGCUCAACGCUGGCUAUGCGGCUGAUGGCUACGCAAGGCGUCGUGGGGUCGGUGCAUGUGUUGUCACAUUCACUGUUGGAGGGCUAAGUGUGUUGAACGCCAUUGCUGGUGCUUAUAGUGAAAAUUUACCUGUGAUUUGUAUUGUUGGUGGCCCAAAUACUAAUGAUUAUGGAACCAGUAGGAUUCUUCAUCACACUAUUGGAUUGUCUGAUUUUAGUCAAGAACUUAGAUGCUUUCAAACUGUGACAUGUUUUCAGGGUGUGAUAAACAAUAUAGAAGAAGCACAUGCUCAAAUUGACAAAGCAAUAUCAACAGCACUUAUUGAAAGCAAACCUGUUUAUAUCAGCAUCAGUUGCAACUUACCUGGUGUCCCUCAUUCAACUUUCUCUAGAGAGCCAAUCCCAUUUGCUAUUUCUCCAAGGAUGAGCAACAAGAUGGGGUUAGAAGCCGCGGUAGAAGCCACAGUGUCGUUCCUCGACAAGGCAGUGAAGCCGGUGAUGGUUGGUGGGCCAAAGCUUCGAGUGGCCAAGGCCUGUGAUGCAUUAGUCGAGCUAGCCGAUGCCUGCGGUUACGCACUUGCCGUGAUGCCUUCGGCAAAAGGCUUGGUCCCGGAAUACCACUCCCACUUUAUCGGAACUUACUGGGGAGCAGUCGGGACUGCCUUUUGCGGCGAGAUCGUGGAAUCAGCCGAUGCAUAUCUAUUUGCAGGCCCGAUCUUCAAUGACUACAGCUCGGUCGGCUACUCCCUCCUUUUGAAAAAAGAGAAAGCCAUCAUUGUGGAGCCUGAUCGUGUGAUGAUAGCCAAUGGCCCAACAUUUGGUUGUAUUUUAAUGAAGGAUUUUCUUAAAGAACUUGCAAAAAGAUUGAAGAAAAAUACAACAGCUUACGAGAAUUACCAUCGGAUCUAUGUGCCCGACGGCCAGCCAUUGAAAUGCAAGCCCCAUGAGCCGUUGAGAGUCAACAUUAUGUUUCAGCACAUACAGAAGAUGUUGUCAGAGGAGACAGCGGUGAUUGCCGAGACCGGAGACUCGUGGUUCAACUGCCAGAAGUUGAAGCUGCCCAAAGGAUGCGGAUAUGAAUUUCAAAUGCAAUAUGGUUCGAUUGGUUGGUCUGUGGGUGCGACGUUGGGGUAUGCUCAAUCGGUGCCGAGUAAGCGUGUAAUUGCAUGCAUUGGUGAUGGAAGCUUCCAGGUCACAGCACAAGAUGUAUCAACCAUGAUUAGGUGUCAACAAAAGACCAUAAUCUUCUUGAUCAACAAUGGAGGUUAUACUAUCGAAGUCGAAAUUCACGACGGACCAUAUAAUGUUAUCAAGAAUUGGAACUACACUGCCUUAAUCGAUGCAAUCCACAAUGAUGAAGGCAAUUGUUGGACUACAAAGGUGCGCACUGAAGAAGAGCUUAUUGAAGCAAUCAAUACCGCAACAGAGAAGAAGAGUGAUUCUUUGUGCUUUAUUGAAGUUAUUGUUCAUAAAGAUGAUACAAGUAAAGAGUUGCUAGAAUGGGGAUCAAGAGUUUGUGCGGCAAAUAGUCGUGCUCCGAAUCCCCAAUGAAUAAUAAGCCCAAAUAAUAAUAUGAACUAAUUCUUUGUUGAAGAAUUUAAAUAAUAAUGGAUUGAAACCAUAUACAUAAGUGAAUUUGAAUGA